AUGCCUGCAUGGAAACGGGCCAACACGACGACAAGGGCGAGCAGGGCGGCGACGGGGAGCACGAUCCGUAGACGAGAGUGGGGUCCAGCCAUCGUUGUCGUGGUUAUGAAGCUCGAUCAGGUCAUGGAGGAAUCGUUGGGCGAGAUUUCAAGGACGGAGGUCGACCUUGAUGAAGCCCGGUGGACGAGACAUGGUGGUGUCAGGAAGACUGACAGCGGGCGAGGCGACAUUAAGUUGGAACUUUGCAGUGUCAGGGACGGCAAAUGCGUCGCACCUCCGAAUCUGGCAUCGUCUCGUAUCAAGCAACGCAGGUCGACUGGGGGUUGGAAUGAAAGAUCAUGCAGCUUCCUUGCUACUUGGUCUAAUGCCGCCGUUCAAGCGUACCGAUCCCACAUUGCCGAACAUCAUCGCCGCAUCUUUGAGGUCUUUGUAAACUUCAUCGCCACUGCCGAAGGCGAGCCAGGCGACUGGGAAGAUGAAAGCAUCGAGGAGGUACGAAUUAACAGCUUAGCUGCACUUUUUGGGGAAGAGAUCAAGAAAUACAUAACGGUUCCCGGCGAUGUGCUCACGCGCUACGACGAGUUAGUGCCCAUUUUUGGCCUCGACGGAACCGGCAUGGCCACAUCGCAAAGCUUGUUUGAUGACGAGUACAUCCAUGAGCGCGACAGCUACUUCUCACUUUUGGAGCAGGCGCUAAAGAAAAAGUGUCUCGAGGAGGUGCGUGAGACCAUUACUGUGCCUGAAGAGUUCCGCAUUCUUGCCGAGUACGUCUUCCAGUUAACCGGCCCGGGGCCGGAAGACUACAAAACACACCAAGCAAUGUUCUGGACCGGGACUACCACGUCAGCGGAGGCAAUAGAUGCCAUUGUAAAGACGCCCGACGAGGAAAAUUUCAGCUUCAAUCGUGACUGGGAGUGUGCCGUCUUUUGGGAACCAGGAGAAGGGUGGAGGUACGCCUUCUAUGUGGUUUAUUGCCGGAGGAUUCCCCAGCCGGGUACGGAGCCCGAACCUUGGGCCUGGAGAUAUGUGGUAUCCAGCAUGUACGAGAAGCUGACUGUUUUUGAUACCAUCCCCGAGUUCUUGGAAAUGUAUUGUCGAUACGGCGAGGCAGAGAUCCCCGAUGUGUCUGAGUUGGACGCAGACGACAUUCUGACUGGAAUGUGGGUUAAUUAUGGCUUCAUCUAA